UCGCGGGAGAAGAGGUUCGUUGCACUUAACUCCGCCCACAGUUGUUGUUUUUUUUUAACUCAAAGAUGGCGGAUCAAACAAACCGUGGCGUGCCUUUAAGCACGCUCUCACCCAAGUUUCUGCACACCAACUCCACCAGCCACACCUGGCCCUUCAGCGCCAUAGCUGAGCUUAUCGAUAAUGCCUACGACCCCGAUGUCAGUGCCAAGCAGUUCUGGAUCGAUAAGACUGUGAUAAAAGGAGAGAUUUGUCUCAGUUUUAUGGACAAUGGAAAUGGACUCACUCAUGAAACUAUGCACAAGAUGCUUAGCUUUGGAUACAGUGACAAGACAGCUGUAAAUGGACUGGAGCCCAUCGGGAUCUAUGGUAACGGCUUCAAAUCAGGCUCCAUGCGUCUUGGUAAAGAUGCCAUCGUCUUUUCCAAAUCAAAGAGCAUGAUGUGUGUUGGGAUGCUGUCUCAGACCUACCUGGAAAAGAUCGGGGCUAAUCAAAUUAUCGUACCUAUUGUUUGCUUUGAAGAGAAGAAAUCAAACAAAUUUUUUGUAAAAGAUGAACACAAAGUCAGUCUGCAGGACAUUCUGCGCUACUCCCUUUUCAAGACACAGGAUGAGCUCCUCACUGAGAUCAACGCCAUCAAUUCACACUGGUCCUCAGAGAAAACGGGCACAAGGGUUCUUAUCUGGAAUCUGCGCAGGACAACCACAGGAACAACAGAGUUUGAUUUUACGAAGGAUCGAUACGAUAUCCAAAUUCCUUCAGAAAUCUAUGAGACACUGAAUGAUCCCUCUCAGAAUACAAACAAAGCCAAUUCUUACAUCCCUGAGAGUGUUUACUCUCUGCGGGCAUAUUGCAGUAUUCUGUACUUGAAGCCACGGAUGCAGGUCAUGGUGCGGGGUCAAAAGGUGAAAUCUCAGCUGGUGGCUAAAAGCUUGGCGUACAUCAGAAAGGACCACUAUAGGCCCACUUUCCUGGAAAAACGUAUUCCCAUAAUUUUUGGCUAUAACACCAAAAGCAAAGACCAGUAUGGUAUUAUGAUGUAUCACAAGAAUCGACUCAUUAAAGCUUAUGAACGAGUGGGAUGCCAGCUGAAAGCCAAUAACAGAGGCGUUGGAGUCAUUGGGGUCAUUGAAUGCAACUUUCUGGAUCCCACCCACAACAAACAGAGCUUCAUUGAGAGUGAUAAGUACAGAAAGACCAUGAACAGUUUGGGGAUCAAACUGGAGGAGUACUGGAAUGAAAUUCGUUACAGAAAGUCCAAAGAAAACCCAAACAGCACGGUGCCAGUGGAAGAUACCAUGAAGCGACCAGACCAGAACUGGGUCCAGUGCGAUGACUGCCUGCAGUGGCGCAAACUCCCAGAUGGGAUCGACUGCAGCAAACUGCCGGAUAAAUGGUUCUGCAGGAUGAACCCCGAUCCUCAGUUCAGGAGCUGCCACGUAGAAGAGGAGCCAGAGGACUCUGAUGAUGAUCAACCAUCAUACCGCAAAACUUACAAACAGCAAGAGAGGGAAAGCAAAAAGAAACAAGAACAGAAAAUGCAGCAUGAUCAUCUGCAUAAACGUCACCAUGAAGGGCAGCUUUUGGCGUCUAUACGUAAAGAAACUCAAGCUCUUACUCGGCAACACAAAACCCUGACAAACCUGCUUCAUCAACAAGCCCCUUCUUCUCCACCCACUCCACUCAGUGCUGUGAAGGAAGAGUCCUCAAUGAUGGAGUCUUCUAUUUCCUCACAAAAUGCCUGCAGCCCCUCCACCACCUCUGGACUUCCAGUGAUUACCAAUGUACGCUCGCUGUCUGCAGAGUCUCAGAGGGGUAAAAGAGUUCAUCUUGUAACUUCAGAAAGAACGCCCAAAAGACCCAGAAUAAAUGGCUUCCAAAGGCAACCCUCARCAGGAGCAGUGAGCUCCCUCUCUCUUGACUCCAGCGAUGACACCGAAGACACUGAUGAUGACAUUUUYAUCCUGGAAACUGAAAGCACUCCCAAGCCAAAUAAGCCCAGCAGACCUGUGACUAAAAUCAAAGAAGAGAAAACGGAGAGCGACGAUCAUGUCACCGUGCUGCUGGAAUGCAGCGACGACGCUGCUGUAGACGAGCCCUCGGAGGAAGCUUCUGCAGGUCCCAGCACAGAGGUGGAAGCCAGUCGUCCCGCUGAAGUGGUCAGCAGCACUACGCAGACAGUAGCAGUCGAAGUGAAGACAGAGCCACACAGUCAAAAGCAAAGUGAAGAAGGGAAUGAUGGUACCAAUGGUACAGAUGAGAGCUCAGGCCCACACAACCACACUGUCCAACAAAGAGAAAUUAAACAAGACGAAGACGAGCACAGUCCGGGUCAGAAUCAGGGAGAGCAGAUCUUACCCAACGGAGAGGCACAUAUGGAAAGUGAUGAAACCCCUGGACCUUCCUCUCCACUGUUCCCCAGUAUUACUGAGGUUCAGCAGCAACAGGAUCAGCUCCUGGAGCUCAUGCAGGACACAGCUCAGGAGAGGGACAGUUUGAAACAGGAGGUGUACAGGCUGACCGUCCAGCUGCAGGAGCAGUCACACCUCAAUGUCAAGAAGGAAUGCUCUCACCAGGGCUGCCAAACGGACGACCAAAAAGACUACAAAAGUCUUUUUGAAAAGGCCAAACAGAAAAUCAGCGAUUUAAUAAAAGACAAAGAAGCUUUUAUUGUAGCUGCUGAAGCCAGGACCAGUCUGARCACUGACCAAGACGAGGAGCGGGACCUUGAUGAGAUUUCCCUGCAGGUUGGCUGUCUGGUCCAUGAGCUGGAUCAGACAACGAAGGAGAGGGAUGAACUCCGCUCACAGCUGGAGAGUCUGGAGGAGGAGAAGUCCAACUUGGCAGCUCAGUGUGAGGAGCUCAGGCUGAGUUUACAGCAGCAAAGAGAAAACACACAGGCUUCAAAAAGAGACGGUGAACUGCCACACUCAGAAGAGGCAGGAGGACCGUCAAAAUCUAACACAGACUCUGACUCAUUUAAAAGUUUGAUGGAGCUUCGGCAGAAUGUGGGGCGCCUUCUGAUCUCCUACGUYCCAGCGCUGGACUUGGACCAAGUGAACUAUGAGUGUAACGUCAUUGAUGAGAUCCUGGAGCAGUUUCUUGAUGAAUCAGAAUCAAGAUGAAUUUAAACAACAUUGCGUUGCAAGAACUGCUUUUGCCCCAUGAACUCUAGUGCUUGGAAUGCRUACAUGUUUUUUUUCAAAGUCAAGAUUUACAUGUCUCCACAGUCCAAAAGAAAUCCGGUUUGCUGUGUCUUUAAAAAACAAUUCACCCCCUUGAAGGUUUUCUGCUUUUAUCACUCAUAAAUGACUCAUGGUCAAUAUAGAUUAGCUUUCUUAACAAAUACAAUAAAAUGCAAAAAUCAAAUACAUAUCAGGAGAUGGGUACAUUAGGAUUUCCAAGAACCUAAACAAUGUAUUUUCACCAUGAUUGAUUUAUGGCAGCAAUAAAAGCAGAAAACAUCUUAGAGGGUGAAUUAUUUUUAUAGGCACUCAAUGUUUUUUGUAUUGAUGUUCAUUUCAGCUCCAACACUUAUGGAAGUGAAGACCGUCUUGUAGAAAGUCUUGAAAAUGACGUAAAUUGUAUUUAUUUGAAGAUGCAGACAUUUAGUAAUAGCGUAUGGACAUGAAUGUCAACUCCUUCAGUUUCUAUAAAUUGAAAAAUGGGAGUUUCCUUAUUGACCCUCAGUAGAUUAACUUUAACAUCAAGUUCGUGAUUAACAACUUUUGAAAGAGUUCUACUCAGUGCAGUGCUUAGAAUAUAAUUCACCUUUCUAAAUAAUAUAGUCUUAAAUCCCUCAUUGCCUUUGUUCUUUUGCUGAUAGAAACAAUAAUAGUUGGAAUUUCUACAUAAAAGUUUGACUCGUUUCACUUUUAUUGUCGUCUUAAACAUCUUGGGAAAUCCUAUCUGUAAGGCUCAGGGGAGUUGCCUUUACAUUUGUGAAGUCUUUUAAUUAUAAACAGAUUUGUUUUUUUUUUUUUUAAUCUUUUUUAUUUUCAUUUGUCCUGUAAGGACACACUUCCUUACUGCAAUAAAUAAGGAUGACAGGUGUUUUGAGGUACGAACAGAACUCAAGUUUCCAGUAGUAAAUGCUCAGUUUUGUUUAGUUUUCUCAUCUUAAUAAAUAUUUUUUAUUGCAGUAUUCAUUAUUAAUCCAUGUUAGUCAAUAUGUAUAUAUAGAAUUAAACCAAAUAAGGCCUCUGAAAACAGAUUAAGAUUUAUCCAGGGUUUUACUCUACUGGAGAGUGAGAAUAAGAUGGCAGCUGUGUGUGUCAACUAUUAAUGAGACAUUUCUGUUUCUUUAACAUUUCAAAUGCAACAGACUUGUCAAAACAUUAUGGAGCCGUGUGUUUCUGCAUUAUGUAAUUUAAGUGCUAUGUUUAACCCACAGGCAUAGUUAGUGGAAAAAAGCAUUUUAGUUUUAUGAAUAGAGUAGCCUAUAGAGGGAAAAAAGCAACUUGAGGUUUUCUUUUUCUUAUGUACCUAGUUUCUAAAAGGCAACAAAAAAAGUGAAGAUCCAUGAGGUUUGUACUUGUUCUUGGUUUUGAAGAGCUUGAAUGAGCUUCUUGUCUGACUAAGCAGAUAUUGAAUGUAGAUAUUGUAUGUAACAAACUUUUCAGACUAAAGAACCCUUUUAUACGAAUAAACAUCUGAAUUUGCAUUAUUUAAAAAAACAAA